AUGGUAAAGAAAAAAGUGUCCUAAGCCAAUUCUCCUAAAAACCAUUAGACCAAAUAUAAUAUUAUCACUUUUUAUUUCUAUUCAUUCCAGGAACAAGAACAACGGGAGCAACAGGAAAGAGAAAACUUUCUUGAUUUAUCAAUCAACAUAUCUUCACUCUCAACCUCACAGGAUAAUGGUGGAGAUGAUAGUAAUAGUGAGGCUAGUCAUUCGUGGACUCUAAUUGAAAUACCAGCAAACUUAGACAGAACAGGAAGCAGUGUCUUGGAGGUUAAUAAAUAAUAUUAAUUUUUUAUUAUAAUAUACUUUAAACCUUUAUAACUUACAGGAUACAAGUGAACAAGAUAUAGCAAACCUCAACAUCACUAUACCUCCAACUCCUCCCUCAACAUCAGAUAGUAAUAUCACUAUGGUUGAAAAAGAGGAUAAAAUUAUUGGGAUUACUUAUACAUGGGUUCUGACUCCAAUACCCGAACGCAGACUCAGAACAACAGACAUUGCGUUCAAGGUUAAUAAAUAACAAUAAUCUUAUUUGAUUAAGUAUAAUGUCAUUUUAGGCUGUUAAAUAUGUGUCCCCUAUAUAUAUCAGGCAUUAUUUUUAUUUCAUUUAAACUAGUAAUGAAUAAAAAAAAAAAAAAGUAAUUUUUUCCCAAUUUUUACUAUUUUCAUUUUCCAAAUUAGUGAAAUUACAGUAGUCUAAUAGUACUUGUGGUUUUAUACUUUACUAAAUUUGACAAAAAAUACUAUUAUUGCAGUAAUACAUCAGAAACCAAAAAAUAAUAUUACGUUUCAAAGAAAAACAAUCUUCUAAGAUCCUAGAGAAAUAAUUUGAAAUAAUAGAAUAAUAAAAUUGAGCCUGGCGUGUAUACCCAGCUAUUCACUCAAUUGGAAACACUCACUAGAAAGUAUUAACUCUGUUUGAAAUUUUUUUAAUUUAAAAAACAAUUGGCAUAGCUUGUGGUUUAAUAAUUCACAACUACUCUCUCUCUACUCAAACUUCAAAGUAAAUAUCUUGUCAGAGGGUUGACGGAAAUCAAAAUUUCCAACACCAAAAUAUAUUUUAAUUAAUACUCUAUAUAUCUAUGAACAUUUUAGUAUAUGUUGCCAUUUGAAAAUAAAAAAUAGGUUGUAGGUAGUGGUUUUACUACUAAAAAUAUGGGUUUAUUUAUGUUUAUCUCUUAAAUUUUUACAAAAAAAUCUGAACAAAGUUAAUACUUUCUCAGAUAAUGAGUGAGUUUGUUGAAUCAUUUGUAUACAUUCCAAUAUUAAUAAAACCACAUUCUAACAUUUAUUAUAAUCAUAUUCACUAAAUUUAUUAUAAUAUAAUAGGACGGAUAUACUUCGCACAUGGGUGUAGCCACUGUUAUAGGUGGGAAGUUGGAAAGGUAGGAUACAGGCAGAAUUUAAUGAAUAUCUGAAGCAACGACAAAACAUUGCUAACGAAAAAACGAGUCUGAACCAAGUUCAGUUGAUAAUUUGGCUUUGCCAACAAUACAAUAUGUGAUAUAUGUUAUAUUAUGAUAAAAUGAUUAAAACGAUGGGUAUUUUCAUGACAACAAUGAUAGUUUAAAAAAGAUUAAAAUAAUAAAAACUUAAUAAUAACAAAAAAUAAAUAAAACUGGUUGACAAUGACAACCUUAUUUCUAAUCUUUCAAUCUCUUAACCUAAAGAACCAGGUUUUCCUCACUAUCUCGAAUAUUAAUGAGAAUUUCAAAAUAUUACCACUUUAAAGUACCACACAGAUUUAUUAGAAAAAGUGCUAUAUACUUGAUAAUCAGGGUAAGCUUUUUAGUAGAAAAAGUGUUCACAUAAAAAACAAAAAAAAACAUCUUUUAAUAAAACCAAUACUUUCUUUGCUAAACUCAGAAUCUAAAAUUAAAAUAGAUAAAAUAUAUAGUUAAAAAUUAAAUUGUUAAAUUUAACUAACGAAUAAAAUGUUAGCUACUUUUUAUAUUUUUUGGUUUAUUUAACAAUGUCAAUGUAAAUUAUACAAAUUAUUAUUAAUUUACCUUUUCAAUUAUAUUGAAAAUACAAAAAAGGUUUCAAAAUCUAUUCAUGUAAUUAUUUAAUAACUACAUGAAUAGAUUUUGUCAGGGUGAACUUUUUGAAAAUUCUCCUGCUAACGAGAAGGUUUCAUUGCCUCGUUAGCAAACACUUUGUUACAAAGUAAACACAUUGGUAGCUGCAUGUUGGAUGGCGAUGGAAUAAAUCCGAACUUUAAAUACGUAGUAUUAUAUUGACGACAUUUUCUUGUUGUAUCUGACAUUUUUGAAAAAUUAAUAUUUUACGAAACAGCAAAAUAAUUUAGAAACGCACGUUCUUAACCGAUUGAAUAAUAUAACACAAACCAAAACAAUAUGCUCGGGUCGAAUCAAUCAGUGUACUAAACAGUAGUCGGCAAGAAAGGCUCCGCCGUUUAUUACUCUCAAUAAACGUAGAUAACAUACUAAACGCAAUAUUAUAUAUUAUAUACUCAUAUUAUUAUUUUAUCUAAAGAUAAAAUUGAAUAAUCGUUAUUGGCCGAUAAAAGCCGUAUGUUCAAAAUAUUUUUACUUAUUAUAAUAUUAUAGAUUAUUUUUAGGUAGCACCAUGUAUAACGUUUUUGCGUAAACACUACCAUUUAAAACUAGUUCAUCGCCCCCCAACCGCCUAAAACUUAUUCACCGCCCCUCAGUAGCCCUUCACUGCCCACUAGGGGGCGAUAUCACCCCCGUUGAGAAUCACUGAUGUAAUAUAUUUAGAGAAGAAUAUAAUUAUAAAUGCCUUAAAAUUGUUAUAAUAAAUAAUAAUCAUUAUUUUAUAACAUUGUAAACAAAUGAUUAUUAAUAUAACUACCUAAUAUUCUUAAGAAAACAUAAAGUCUAUGAAUAAGCUUUGCAAUUAUAAUUUUUAUAUAAUUUUGUAAAUGUAUUAUAUUUUAAAUGCAGAUCCAUAGUACAAUAUUCGAAGAUAAAAUUAUCUACUGUGUUAACUUCACACCAUUUGGUCAUGUACUACUGUUUUCAUUAAACAAAUUGGUGAACUACUUUUUUCCUUGGAGCGACGUUACGAUUUGUGCAAAAAUAUUACAAGAACAUUUGAAUAUUCCGCUGUACAGAGGAAAUUCGUAAGUCUAUACUGCAGUAAUUGAUUAUACAAUAAACAGAUAUGCUAUGGCGUAGGAAUAUUUGGAUAAAAUUUGUAAAAUGCAGCUCUUAUGGAAUGAUAGAGUCAAAUAAACGUAUUUCCUUAUACCAUUGACUACCCGUCUAUUGUGUAAUCAAUGUUACAGUGAAUUGCUCUUUAGUUUGUAAUUUGAUGUUGAGCAACACACCAUAACUUUAGUUUUGUGAUUUUUGUUUUUUUUAAUAGCGAACAGAUAGAGCUGUUGCACCGUUAUCAUAUUAUCAGCUCGUUAGUUCCAGAUGACUCACCGUUGGUCUUGCUUCAAGAUCUGUAUGAUCAUAUAUGUGAACUGAAGCGUAAAAUAAAGUAA